AUGCCAUGUCAUGAGGACACUCAAGCAAUUUUACGUAAAGGUCCAGGUGGCCAGGAACUGAGACCUCCUGCAAAAAAACCCAUCAAGGGAAAAGUCAGUAUACAGGCAAGAGAUGAGAAUAAUUCAGACCAGGGAGAUAACAGUGGAGGAUACUUUUUGACCACAGAGCUACCACCAUAUCCUAACAGAUUUGAUACAGAAUGUGAGAGAAAGAAAGGAGAGGCGGAGCGGGCAGAGGGCAAGCCCGAGGUGAAAAAGCAGCGACUUCUGUGUGUGGAGUUUGCUUCGGUCGCGAGUUGCGACGCCGCCGUGGCUCAGUGCUACCUGGCCGAGAACGACUGGGAGACGGAAAGAGCGCUGAACUCCUUGGAGCCGCCCGGGCAGGAGAGCGCGCCGCAGAGCCGCCCUCACAGGGCGGCGGGGCCCGAGUCCUGUGCUGAACUCACGAAUGAGGAGACAACUGAUUCCAUUAGUUCUAAAGCCAGUACAUCUGAAGGGAAUCAGCAAGAAGAUGGCAGCCUGUUUUCUUUCAUUACCUGGAAUGUUGAUGGAUUGGACCUAAACAAUCUGCAAGAGAGGGCCCAAGGGGUGUGUUCCUAUCUAACUUUGUACAGCCCAGAUGUGAUAUUCCUACAAGAAGUUAUUCCCCCGUAUUAUAGCUACCUAAAGAAGAGAGCAAGUAGUUAUGAGAUUAUUACAGGUCAUGAAGAAAGAUAUUUCACAGCUAUAAUGUUGAAGAAAUCGAGAGUGAAAUUUAAAAGCCAGAUUAUCCCUUUUCCAAAUACAAAAAUGAUGAGAAACCUUUUGUGUGUGUAUGCAAAUGUGUCAGGAAAUGAACUUUGCCUUAUGACUUCUCAUUUGGAGAGCACCAGAGGGCAUGCUAAGGAACGAAUGAAUCAGUUAAAAAUGGCUUUAAAGAAAAUGCAAGAGGCUCCAGAGUCAGCUACCGUUAUAUUUGCAGGAGAUACAAAUUUAGGGGAUCAUGAAGACACCCAAUGCGGUGGUUUACCCAGCAACAUUUUGGAUGUCUGGGAGUUCUUGGGCAAACCUAGGCACUGCCAGUAUACGUGGGAUACACAGAUGAACUCUAAUCUUGGAAUAUCUGCUACUUGUAAGUUUUGUUUUGAGCGAAUAUUUUUCAGGACAGCAGCAGAAAGUGUCCAUAUGGUUCCCCAAAGUUUGGACCUCCUCGGGUUGGAAAAACUGGACUGUGGUAGAUUUCCUAGUGAUCACUGGGGUCUCCUGUGCAAUCUCGAUGUAAUCUUGUGA